AUGGCCAGUGGGAAAGUGUUGGAGGAGACAUAUCUGAAGUGGGUCCAGUAUAAAGAAGACUGUGUCAAAAUGAUAGAAAAUGAGCCGCUCCCUCAAGGGGGCUUGUUCUGCAACCGGACAUUUGACAGAUACGCCUGCUGGCCAGAUACUCCUGCUGGCUCCAUGGUCAACAUCUCAUGUCCUUUCUACCUGCCCUGGUAUGACAAAGUUGUUAGCCUGUACAGAAGUAAGCUGGUAAUGAUUGAAGGACUGACUGUUUGUCUUCCAGUGUCCCGGGGUGUUGUGCGUCGGCUGUGCGGCCCCGACGGCCUCUGGGAGAGAGAGGACAACGGACAGGUGUGGAGGGACAAGAGCCAGUGUGAGGAGGAAAAAGAGGUCAAGUCUCAGGAGCUGUGGUUCAAACAACUGAUGGUGAGCUUCAGGAUGUUGUACACUGUCGGCUAUUCCCUGUCCCUCUUCACGCUCGUAACGGCUCUUAUCAUUCUCCUGAGCUUUAGGAAGCUGCAUUGCACCAGGAACUACAUUCAUGCAAACCUCUUCCUGUCCCUCAUCCUGCGAGCUGUAUCCGUCAUCAUUAAGGACACCAUGCUGGAACGCCAUUGGGGACGAGAAAUCAUGAAACAGACCGAUGUGAGUGAGAUGCUCAGUCACCAGGCUGCUAUUGGCUGCAGGGUAGCUCAAGUAAUGAUGCAGUACUGUGUCCUGGCCAAUCACUACUGGUUCUUUGGAGAGGCGAUUUAUUUGUACUCUGUGCUUAUUGCCUCAGUGUUCAUCGACAACAACAAAUACUUACCUUACAUCUGUCUCGGCUGGGGAACUCCACUUCUAUUUGUGGUUCCCUGGGUAGUGAUGAAGCAGUUGAAAGAAAACAAAGAGUGUUGGGCUGUCAAUGAGAACAUGAACUACUGGUGGAUCAUUCGGUUCCCAAUUCUUUUCGCUUCACUAAUCAACUUUCUGAUUUUCAUGAAGAUCCUGAAGGUCAUUCUUUCCAAAUUACGAGCCAGCAACCAGACUGGAUACCCUGAUUAUAAACUUCGGCUCGCCAAGGCAACCGGUACCCUCAUCCCUCUGUUUGGGGUUCACGAGGUCAUGUUCAUCUUUGCGACGGACGAGCAGACAACAGGUGUUCUGCGCUACGUUAAAGUCUUCUUCACCCUUUUUCUCAAUUCAUUUCAGGGCUUUCUGGUGGCUGUGCUCUACUGCUAUGCCAAUAAAGAGGUGAGGACAGAGCUGAAGAGGAAGUUACGCAGCUGGAGGAUAGAGGCUGAGAUUGUAUGCUGUGGACAGUGACUGGCCGACUCUCGAGUAGACACUUUCUCCAUCGCCACGGUGCCAGAGCGCAACAGAUCCUCCGCCACAACAAUGAGGGCAAUGCCUGACUGUUCACCCACUCCUGACAGUUCAUAUAUUUUUAGACGGCAAGUUCAGCCAACGUCCCCACAGCCCGAUGCUUCUUUGCUGCACUGUCCAUCAGUGGUAAAUAUAGACAACACCCUGCAUCAUAGGGAUCAGGAUGACACUGGACAAUCGUCUGUGGCAAUGCAGGUGUCCUUUAUCAUUCACCUUCAAGACCCUGUGGAGUUACUCCCACAUGUUGUAAAUAUAGAUUCAGAUUGAAUACAUUUUUGCAUUCACUGUACAUUAUAUUAUUAUUAUAUGUGGUCGGUUGUGAAUAUGUAAAAUUGUGAAUAAGUAAUUGUUAUUGCUAUUUUUUUGUUACUAUGUGUUAUUGCUAUUAUGUAAGUUGUAAAAUUGUGAGAAAAAGUGAUUGUGAUCAUUUAAGACUUAAGACAUCUUGAAUACAAAUGGAGUACAAGAGAAAUUAAAAGAUGUAUUUGUUUA